AUGAUUUCGGAUUUUAAUCAUUUAUUAAAAUGCUUCCGAACAUCUACUUUGGAUGACAAUUUACAGGAAUUCCAGACCCCUUAUGGAAUAGUCAAAAAGAAGCAUUGGGAAGCUCUCUUAGAAGAGGAGAAUUAUCGUCAGCCCAAUAUGAAAAUUGCCUACAAAUUGACACCUGCCCAUUUAAAACCUAAAGGCUUUCAGACAAUGAAUGUGCCUCUUGCAACACAAGCAAUUUUGGAUUUCUUACAAUUUCUUGAAGAUUGGGAGAAAGUAGAAAAAAAUACCUGUAUCAAGGAGUACGUUACUAGGAUUAAAAGUAACAUUGCACGCAACACUACAAAUAUCGAAAAUGUUAUACAUGGAAUGUAA